CCGGAACAUUGAAAGCGAUGUCUCCGCAUUUUACCCCAGAUCUAAAUGUGGCACCUAACUAUCGAUGCUUUCAUUCUGUAGUCUCUUCCAAGGUGCUUUAUUAAUUGCUACAAGCAUAGUACAACCUGAUUCCUGUAUAGUUUUACUAUUGGCAGCUUUCGCUACUUACAGUGACACGAAAUGCUGAACAAGAUCGCCCUCGAAGAAGCAUGGAACAUUCCUGAUGCGGCUGCAUUGGGUGGUUUCCAGCCCGGUUCCCUCGCCCCGAAAGGUGUCAUUGGAGGCGACCUGGGCGCGAAUCUUCUCGACGUUCAUGGCACGCGUCUUGAGCAAAUGAAUGAGAAUGGCGUUGAGCUAAUGGUACUUUCGCUCGUCUCCGCCGGGCCUCAAGGCGUUGCCGAUAAAGCGGGAGCGGAGAAGAUGGCAUCCACUGCUAAUGACCAAUUGAGCGCAGCAGUGAUGGAGAACCCGUCGCGAUUUGCUGCCUUAUGCUCAUUGAGUAUGCAUGAUCCUACACAAGCUGGCCAAGAGCUUCGACGGUGUUGGGACAAACUUGAAGGUUUUGUUGGAGUCAUCCUGAACGACUUUCAGUCUGCCGGGCAAGAUGGAAACACGAUGCUAUUCUAUGAUGAUCCAGCGUACGAUGUGUUCUGGGCCACUGCAGACGAAUUAGGCGCGCCAGUGUACAUCCAUCCUCGCUCUGCGACAAACGAAAUCACUGAAAAGAUGUGGAAAGGCCGCGAACACCUCGCCUUCUCCGCCCUAGGCUACGCCAACAGAGUAAACAUGCACCUCCUCGGCAUCAUCACCGCCGGCGUCUUGGACCGCUUCCCCAAUCUCAAACUUGUCGUGGGCCACAUGGGCGAGCACAUACCAUACGAUCUCUAUCGUAUCGACCACAAGCUCAACCGUGCGCGCUUCCCCCAGAUGCGAAUGCGCAAGGACAGACUUGUGAGGGACUACUUUGGGACGCAGGUUUUCAUCACAACUUCUGGGCACUUUAGCACGCCGGCGCUUCUCUGCGCUGUUGCGGAGAUUGGGGUCGAUGCUUGCAUGUUUAGUAUAGACUACCCCUUUGAGAGUAUUCCAAAUGCGUCAAUUGACGAAACAGUGAUUAAAGAAACAUUGGUUGUAGAUCAGUAUGCAUUAAUGGCAUCUGGUGACAUUGUUUGA